AUGGCUUCUUGCCCCGCAACACUGAAUGGACUGCCCUCAGAGCUGAAGACAUAUAUUGUGGAGUACCUCCACGAACCAGGCCCCCUCUCCAACGGAUCUAGGCUCUGCGAAGAUUACUUUGAUCCCGAUUUCAGAUCAGAUCGACGGCCCCGAUGGAACAAGCUCAGUAUCGCCUCGCGGCAGGACAUUCUCAAUAUCCGACAAGUAUCGCCCGAUUUUCGCGCCGCUAGCUGGAAGUCCUUUGGGAGGCUGAUUAGCGACCUUCAUUUCCGAGUAGUGCCAGCUGAUAUAGCUGAUCUGGGCAAGAUUUCCGAGAUCCCGCAACUCACGCCUUGGAUUAAGGCUUUGACAUUUGGGACCGGCGGGUUUGAAGACUCUAGACUGUGCCAGGACAUUCCUACAUCAGAAGCGGGUUCCCUAAUUCCCGGCAAGAAGUUUAUUCAGUCGAUGAGCGCCUACCUCCAGGACGAGAAUCUACGGUCUGAGCUGGAGAAGAUUGUCUCUUAA